CUGGUGGGGCGGCGGGGGAGGGGAAGGGUGCGGAGCCUUUGGUGGGCUUGAGCCGUAGCCCCGCUAGCGGGUCAGUUUCCGGCCAAGGCAUCAGGUCAGUCCCGAGAAGGGCGGGCGCCAGAGCAGAGGGAGUCAGCGGCGAAGCUCUCCUCUCGUCCAGCGUUCCCCGGCGCCACCGCCACCGCCACCGCCGUGUCGCCACCGCCGCUGCAGAGUGUCGCUUCUCCGCCGCGCUCCCGCUCCCCGCGCCGCCAGCCGCCUGGGAGCCCGAGCGCCGAGCCCCGGGCGGAGAAGAGGGGCGCGGGCGCGAGAGCCGCGGCGAGGGAGCCGCGAAGGGGGAAGGCGGGGCGGGCGGAGGGAGGAGCAGGGAGAGAGGGAGAAGGGGAAGGGAGGGAGGAGAGCGAGGGAGAGCUGGAGAGAGCGAGAGCAAAGAGCGAGAGCCAGGGAGAGGAGAGGGAGGGAGACGAGAGAAAGACACACGCACGCAGAUAUACACGGUCACUGGAAUUCCAUUAGAAAAAAGUGAGACGAGCAAGGGUUAGCGGGAGAAGAUUUUUUUUUGUUUGAAUCUUUUCUUCGUCUUGGUGCGAAAGAAGCGACUCCGGGCUCUCGUCCUCGAAGCUCCCACCGGAUUGUUCCUUGGCGCUAACACCCGUCGGUGGAUUUCUCUAUUUGCAUUUUAUUCUGACCCCCACCCUUGCUGCUUCCUUCCAGCCCUUCACUCUCAAAUCGCCUCUCCCCCACCUCCCCAGUCCGCUCCUGGGAAGCGCAGGGGAAUUGGACCCGCGGAGACUCGCGCCUUCCCGGAGCAGCGGAGGGGAGGACAGAGCGACGACCGGGCUCUCGGCUUGUAAAGCAGAUAUAUCCUCACAUACGUGUAUAUUUCAUUUUAGUGGGCAAGAAGGGCGUCGAGAGGCAGCCCACCGCCCUCCUUACCCCCCACCCCAGAGGCGAGAAUCGCAGGACUCGGGAUCUUCAUCGGGUGGACUAGCUUGGGAUCUCCGCAUUGGAUUUGGGGCUGAUUAUCACUGCUUGGCUAUUAUUAUUGUUGUUGUUAUUAUUAUUUUUUACCCAAGGGAGAAAGAAAAAAAAAACACAAAAAACUGUGGGAUUUAUUUAACAUGAUCUUGGCAAACGUCUUCUGCCUCCUCUUCUUUUUAGACGAGACCCUCCGCUCUUUGGCCAGCCCUUCCUCCCUGCAGGGCCCCGAGCUCCACGGCUGGCGCCCCCCAGUGGACUGCGUCCGGGCCAAUGAGCUGUGCGCCGCGGAAUCCAACUGCAGCUCCCGCUACCGCACGCUGCGGCAGUGCCUGGCGGGCCGGGACCGCAACACCAUGCUGGCCAACAAGGAGUGCCAGGCGGCCCUGGAGGUCCUGCAGGAGAGCCCUCUCUACGACUGCCGCUGCAAGCGGGGCAUGAAGAGGGAGCUGCAGUGCUUGCAGAUCUACUGGAGUAUCCACCUGGGGCUGACCGAGGGUGAGGAGUUCUAUGAAGCCUCACCCUAUGAGCCGGUGACCUCCCGCCUCUCGGAUAUCUUCAGGCUUGCUUCAAUCUUCUCAGGGACAGGGGCAGACCCGGUGGCCAGUGCCAAGAGCAACCACUGCCUGGAUGCCGCUAAGGCCUGCAACCUGAACGACAACUGCAAGAAGCUGCGCUCCUCCUACAUCUCCAUCUGCAACCGGGAGAUCUCUCCCGCGGAGCGCUGCAACCGCCGCAAGUGCCACAAGGCCCUGCGCCAGUUCUUCGACCGCGUGCCGGGCGAGUACACCUACCGCAUGCUCUUCUGCUCCUGCCGAGACCGGGCGUGCGCCGAGCGCCGCCGGCAGACCAUCCUGCCCAGCUGCUCCUACGAGGACAAGGAGAAGCCCAACUGCCUGGAUCUCCGCGGCGUGUGCCGCACCGACCACCUGUGCCGGUCCCGGCUGGCAGACUUCCACGCCAAUUGUCGUGCCUCCUACCAGACGCUCACCAGCUGCCCUGCCGACAAUUACCAGGCGUGUCUGGGCUCCUACGCUGGCAUGAUUGGGUUUGAUAUGACACCCAACUACGUGGACUCCAACCCCACUGGCAUCGUGGUGUCCCCCUGGUGCAGUUGUCGUGGGAGUGGGAACAUGGAGGAGGAGUGUGAGAAGUUCCUGAGGGACUUCACCGAGAACCCGUGCCUCCGGAAUGCCAUCCAGGCCUUUGGCAACGGCACGGAUGUGAACCUCUCCCCUAAAAGCCCCUCAUUCCAGGCCACGCAGGCCCCUCGGGUGGAGAAAACACCUUCUUUGCCAGAUGACCUCAGUGAUAGCACCAGCCUGGGGACCAGCGUCAUCACCACCUGCACAUCUGUCCAGGAACAGGGGCUAAAACCCAAUAACUCCAAAGAGUUAAGCAUGUGCUUCACAGAGCUCACGACCAAUAUCAUCCCAGGGAGUAACAAGGUGAUCAAACCUAACUCAGGCCCCCGCAGAGCCAGACCGUCGGCUGCCUUGACCGCUGUCUCCUUCCUGAUGCUGAAGCUGGCCUUGUAGGCUCUGGGACCCAUGUCGGGGGAUUUCCGGAAACUACGCAGAUGAGAACACCUGCCUGGCAACAUGGAAACACACACACACACACACACACACACACACACACACACACACACACAUCUUGCAAAAAAAAAUUUUCCCCACCUUGUCUCUGAACCUGUCUCCUCCCAGAUUUCUUCUCUGGAGAAGUUUUUCUAAACCAAACAGACAAGUAGGCGGGCAGCCUGAGAGCUGGCCCAGAGGUCCCUCGGCAAGGGAAACCCAGUGCUGAGGAGGGUGCAAGGGUCUAGAAAUGCCCUUCGUUUUCUCCCGGUGUUUUCUUCUCUGGACCUCGCUGACAUAAAAGACCAAGACGACACCCCUGUGGCCUGAGGGACUGGAACUGUGCUGAUGUGAACUGGGGCCAGGGAUCCCCACUGGCGGUUUGGCAGAGGGCAUCGGGCAGCAAAGCAGCCAGGCUGGCUGCUGGGGGUCCAGCUGGGCACCUCAGCACCUCCACUCGGUUUCGAGCAUGGAGUUUGUUUUGUGCUCUCUGUCUGCAUCUGAACUGAGAACCCCCAGUGAUGCCUGUGGAGGGUGUGGUACCAGGCCCUCUGACUGUGGCAUGGAGGGAGUACUGGGGCCAGCUCCAGGGAGAUUGGGAGCUCAGCCCUCUGGGGACAUCCCCUUGGGCAGAGGGAGCAAAGCUUGGGCACCAGCUCAAGGCUGCUGCUUCCUGCUUGGUGGCAGGAAUUUUGAAAUCAAAGAGAAAUGAUCCGUCAUUGGCUCUUUUGGUUUCUUGGUGGGUCUCCCACCAGGGAGAGGGGCAGAGAAGAACAUGGCGGGACACCUGCUGGCACUGUGCUUCACUGGCCGCAGCUCUCUCCUCCUCUCGCCCCCCUGUUCCUCUUUUCCACAUUCUCUCCUCAUUUCCCAGACAAGCGCCAACUGUAUGUACAUAACACGACUCCUUUCUCAACAUAUAUGUAUAUAUAGAUCCAUAUACAUAUAUUGUGUGGUUUCCCCUUUUUUCCUUUUUUUAAGAAACAAAACUAUUGAAAUAAUACCCCAACAGAUGAGCGAAAAUGUAUUAUUGUAAAGUUUAUUUUUUUUAACAAUGUUGUCUAUAAUGGGAAAAAAAGGAGAUUGACUCCCUGUGUCUCUGCCUCUGUCAGGCUGACUGGGCUGUGGAAGGGGGUUCCUGAUCCGUAUUCAUACUUAGCCAAGGCUCCAAUAAACAUACUAGGAAGCAAUUUGCCUUCUGCCUCCCUCCGGUGUGCCUUCUCCUGCUGUUUUUUCCUUGGCACAGUGCUGCCUCUUGGCUGCUUACCUGGGGUCCUGGUGGGCCUUGGAGAAUGUGUGUGUGUGUGUGUGUGGGGCAUGCACGUAUGUGCACAUGUGUCUCCAUCUGUUAUGUGUCUUUGAUGUGGGUGAUGGAGCUCCUUUAGGAGGUGGUUUUACACUUGGUGGGUCUCUGCGUCCCGGCUAUGCUCAGCCUUCUGGGCCCUUCUUCACCCAUCCUCCUCUACCUUCCCUUACCUAUCAGUGCCAGUGCCUGUUGGUCCCCACCUUGAAGAGAAAGAAAGUAACUGUGGGGACCUGGAGGGGCAGGAGACAAGUUGAUCUUGACACCUCGGGUAUAUUUUUGUUUUAAGGUUGUCUGUGUGGUCCUAUUAAGUGGCCCAUUGGUCUUGUGUGGCAUGAGGUGAUAUCUUCUCACUGGGACUCCUGGUUUAUUUAAGGUAUGUGAUUAUGAAGGCAGGGAUCUGGUCUUCUGGGUCCUACUAGAGAAGGAAGAUGACCAUGAUCCAUCCCUUCUUCUCUUUUUCUCCAUUUACCACCCGGGCUCCACCUGGACCCUGGGCCUGCCGUAUUCCCUGGGGAGAUUCUCCCUGGAGAAGGCUAGGAGGAUGGCUGCUGGCCGAGUGUGUGUACGUGCACCCACGUGCAGGCUUGUGAGUGUUCAUAUGCAUGUAUGAGUGUGUGCACAUGGCAAGAUGAAGGAGGAAGACUGUCAUGUGAGGGGGUGCUCCCACUGUCAGGGCUGCACGUGAUCCCAUCCUGUCGCCAUUGGGAGAUGAGUUGCUGUUUUCUGCUCUCCCCAAAUGGCUCUUGUUUCCAGUUGCUGAAAUGUCGGCAACAUUGGCCUAUGGUGGUGAGUAGUGUGGUGUACAGGUUCCAGCCUGUGCAUGGAGCGCCAGUGGGCCAGUGAACUGUCUUCCCUAGCCACCACUGGUGUUACUGUGUGUGGAGGUGGCUGUGGAGUUUACUUGGGAAUCCAUGUUCUUUGUGAACAGCAAAGACUGGCUAACUUAAAAGGCUUUGGGGGGAAAAGGCUCAGAAUCAGUGGAAGGUGGGGGGACCAGGGGAGGGUACAGUGGGAACCAAAGGACAUCUGAAGGGGCAGAAGGCAUGAUCUACAGGGUCAGCAUGCUGCUGUCUCUGUGAUGAAUGACCACCAACUUGUCCAACCGGUUUACUGGGGCCUUGUGCCUACCUCCUGCCAUACUUUUGUGAGAGAGGAGAAUAUCUCACAUCUGGUAUUCCUAAUGUGAUAUAAACCCUUGGCUUGCAUAAUGAGGGAGAGAAGAUUUCCCGAAAGGAACUGGAGGUGCCAGAAUAGAUGCAGGGCAGCUUUACUCUGCCUUAAAACCUCUCCCUGUCUAGGUAUCACAUAGCUGAAAUUUUACCAUGAAAUAUUCAUUCCUUUGGUUGAGAUGAUUCCUGUUCCCUGUGAUUCUCUCAAAAUGUGUAAAUAAAAGUGGGAAGAAUAAAAUGUCACUAUCUUAAUGCUAAUUAGUUUAAUAGUUUGAAUGAAUCUUAGUAACAUUAAGACAUUUGGACCUAAACACUGAGAUUGGGCAUGGGGGACAGAUAAGUGAAGAGGGGCAGGAAUGGAAUCAGGAGAAGAUUGGUAAGGACUCCAGAGAUAGAGCUAAAAUUGUUUUAGUGUUCUUUU